AUGAGCGCUGAACAGCGGCAAGCCACCGGCGCUAGCAGCAAAUCCAAACGCCGAUGGACCGACCCGGAAGAUGAUGGGAAGGCGACGGGGGAACCGAAGCGUCAGCGUGUUUCACGGGCCUGCGAUAGUUGCCGGUCGAAAAAGGACAAAUGUGACGGAAAACAGCCUGUGUGUUCGACUUGUGCAUCGCUCUGUCGACCGUGUACCUACAAAGCCAACCCGAAGAAGCGAGGCCUGCCCACGGGCUACAUUCGAUCGCUGGAGUUGCUUUGGGGGUUGGCAUUCCAAAGGAUCCAAGGCAGUGAAGAUGUCAUGCGAGCUUUGAUGCGAUCAAUCAAUCUUCCGAGUCACUUGGCCACAAUGGGCAAAGAGACCGAAGGGUCUGAUGCGUUGCUAGCUUCCUUCAAAAACAGCACAGUAAUCAGAGACAUUGAACGAAUCUUGGUAGUGCUGGAACAGCCGGAGGAGGAAAGGGAGCGAAAUCUCCAGGCAUAUGACGAGGGAGAAACACCUCUAGAUGUCGAAGGAAUUCUUUCUUCCGCUGAAGCACAGGAGUGGCGGAUCCCAGAAGUCAUGGAAGCUCGCGAGACGCCAUUAUUAGGAGUAUCGCCGACUCGAACCGCAGUAGGCGCCGCUCCUAUGAAAGUGGCCGGACCACGCCCAACCACAGACUGUGGUGUUCAGACAAUUACACCAGAUGACCAACCUUCCACCUCUUUCACCUUUCCACCGGAUCCUGAUUACCCUCGAUCGCUCUCCAUGAGAACCCCUCUUAAGCUCCCAUACAACGCAUGGCCCCUUUUUGAUGUGUAUUUCUCCUACACACAAUGUUGGUUCCCCAUACUCGAAAAACAUGACAUACUUCGCACCGCUUUUAAGUAUACUGAAGGCGAUAUAUACGCAUCGGGUGUAACCCCAGGGUCUGGGGAGCAUGCGGCCUUGUGGGCUGUUCUCACCCUCGCUUCGCUCCAGGAUGCUUCUAUAUCAGCCUCCACCGAAGUGGGGGAGCAGCCUAGUGAUCGAAUGAGUUCAUCACAAAUGUAUUCUACAGCCCGGCAAUUGAUCCCGACUGAGAGUGGCCCACACGAGAUUGGACACGUGCAAGCACUGUUGAUCCUGGGUCUGGUCAAAUUCGGACAACAAGAAUGGACCGGAUCCUGGAUGCUUGUUGGUCAGGCUGUUCGGAUUGCGCAUAUACCAGGUCUCGGUCAACCUGUACAUUCUUCGUCAUCGAGAAAUCCGGAUCAAGACAAACACCUUGGUCGAGCAAAACAUGUAUUUUUAGGUUGCUUUGUUCUCGAGACCCUCAUUGCGGAAUCAAUCUCACAAUGCCCAUCGCUGCGGAAGGCAGACCUAGCCAGGAUAGGCUCUGUCAAUGAAGAUGGUCUUGAGGAAUGGCAUCCUUGGGAAGAUCAAACCGGGUUACGGCCCACGCAAUCCUCACGUGCAUCUAUGCAGCGCGGCCCCCUUCACGCGUUGAGCACUUUCAAUCGCCUCGUCAGCCUCGUAUCAAUUUUGAAUGAUCUAUGCUGUUGCAAGCAUGACCCAACAAUAUCUCGAUCGCAGCUGGAGCAACUGGAGCUGCAAUUACAGCGCUGGGUAACAGAAUUACCAAAGAGCUAUCGUGUCGAUCUACAAAGUCGCCCACCGAGGCUGGCGUCUCCGCAUAUUUUUGGGUUGGAGAUGACAUACGAAAGUGUUGUCAUUGCUCUCAGCUCUCAAAUUGCCAUUCGUGAACAUGAUCAGAACAUACCUGAACCCCCUCACAAAAUUCGUGCUACAGAAAGCUCAAAAAGGCUUUUGCAAUUACUUCAUGUCUAUGUGGAGUCAUACAGCUUUUCAGCAACCGCACCAACAUUCGGUCUGAUUCUUCGAUUUGGGCUUCCGCGAUCCCUUUCUAGGGACCUCCCGUCGGUCCUUGAUACGGGGUUACGAAACAACAUCCACAAUUUGUCCUCCCAGCUUUCUGCUUUGUGGACUAUGCCGGACCAACAGUCCCCUGGUCUAAAUGUACCACAAGGAUCUCAACUCUUGAGUACCUCUCCUACGGUCUUACAACACAUCGAUUCCUCUACUGGCGGAGACAUCACAAUCCCGUCAUCGCUCGCAAUAGCCACACCUUCGCAUCUUCUCCAUGCCACACAUGCGGCACAUGCCUCCCAAAAUAAUACGCAUGCCGCCGCUGCCCAUGAAACCCCAUUCCUCUCUACGCCUUGGCUUAGAACCACACAACACAUCGAAGAUGUAUCUCUUCUCCGCACGCCGUCAUCCCUAACCUCCGUUGGGGGCACCUCUGAAGUUCACCCACAGCAGGGCCACUUGGAUGGUUCUCUCAACAAUGGGCUUCCUCAUCCUACGUCAAUGCCUAACGAAUCCAAUAAUAGUACAGCGAUGCUCGCCGGUCUUUCGCCACCGUACCAUCAACCCUCACAGUAUCAUACAACAGCAUAUCAUGACCCAUCGGUCAAUAUGGGCUCAUUCGUUGAUAUGGAUGGUUAUGCACGUCCAAGGAGGCAGCGGAUUGCUCCUGAUCUCGAUGCAUUAUUUGAUGAGCUCGCAUCAUUAGACGGUGCGGAAAAACCCGACAAUCAACCAGAGUUCAUGCAGAAUUUAGGCUUUGUCCCUGAUGCUGGCAUUCCUGAACUCUACUCAUUCUCCAGUCAGAUUGAGCCUUUCUUGCUGGCACAGACCCAGCAGUUACCCAAUAACGGCACCCCCUCUGGCGUGCGACGAGAGUCGCAGCCUCUUAACAUGUCUGGAACCACCAAGCGAUGA